CCUUUUACUCGGGGCAGUAGUCCUGUGCCCCAGCCGGAGUCGGACUUCCCAUUGACUUGCGCGUGCUUUGCCCAGUCAAACUUUCGGACUGCCAAAGAAAGUGAAGCCAUUGAGCCGAUAAACGCACUAGAUACACGGCACUUUGCAAAUAUUUUCAUUCCAACAAAUUGCUAAGGGAUCGCUACCUGUUGAUGAAGUCCCACCGGGCGUGGGAGCUAGAGAAGCCAUUUCAACUUCAUAGUAAGAAGUGAAUAGGUACAGAAACACACUUCCCAAGUGGCAAGAAGAGAAGGACCUUGAUUUUCUUUUCCCAGCAGUGCAGCCUGGGUUGGUGGAAAAUGGGCACUCGGAUCUGCUGGAUCCAUGGACUUACGUUCACUUUGAUACUUGCUUAUCAACUACUCACUGUCUGUCAUGGCUCCAAGGUGUGGGGAGAGGCGGCUCUGCCAGAGGACCUGGAGACGGAGAAGACCCUCCGUGUGUCCCGCAGCUUCCUGAAUGACGACGAGGACUUUGCUGCCGACGAGGCAUCGGGAGAGCUUCCAAGUGGAGAGGACGGGGGAAGCACACCAUGGACCGAUGCCCCAGAGACCACAAUAGACGACUGGUGGGAUUCUCCUGAGCUGGGGGCGAUACAGAGCCCAGUGGAGCAAGACUACAUCUAUUACCGAGCGCUGGUCAACUUCACCAACUCCCUGGUGUACGGCCCCGAGCUGGAGGACAUCUUCUCCACCGGCUUCACCGAGAUCUCCGACGCAGUGGUGGACACGCUCGAGUCUGAGUAUAACAGGAUUCCAGGAGUUCAAACAGUCAGCGUAGUUCUCAUAAAGAAGGUCAUCCGGGAGGGCGGCGUCGACGUGUUUGUGGAGCUGGACGUGGGCUCCGACUACAACAGCAACGACGAGCAGAUCCGCAGCAUGCUGUACAGCGUGGUGCAGGAGGGCUCCAUCUCCUCCUACGUCACCUCCACAGAGGGCUUCAGCUUCAGACGUCUGGGAGCAGAAGUGGUGUCUAUGGAAGCUCAAGUCACCCCAAACAUCAGGCCUUGCAUGGAGGAUGAGCACAGGUGUGGUGAUGGCUCGUGCAUCCUGCUGGAAUACCUGUGUGACAACCGACCGGAUUGCAGAGACAUGAGUGACGAGAUCAAUUGCGGCAACCAAACUCCUGCUCCACUCCUGCCCACGCCUCCCCCCCUCCCCCCCCUGCCCCCCACCACCACCACCAGUACCACCAGUACCACCGUCAAGAAGCCCCCCAAACCCCUGACCCCCCCUGGCCCAGUGGGGCCCUGCAGGUCGGACCAGGCUAAGUGCCAGAGCGGGGAGUGCAUCCCGCGGGACUACCUCUGUGACGGGGAGAGGGACUGCGCCGACGGCAGCGAUGAGUUCCGAUGCGGUACCCCGUCCCCCUGUGAGCCAAAUGAGUUCAAGUGUAAGAACGGCCGCUGCGCGCUGAAGCUGUGGCGCUGCGACGGAGACAACGACUGCGAGGACAACUCGGAUGAGACCGACUGCCCCACAAAGAGCCCCGGGGACACGUGCGCUCCGGAGCAGUUUGUGUGCCGCAGCGACCGGACCUGCAUCCCGGCCAGCUACCAGUGUGACGAGGAGCCCGACUGCCCCGACCGCUCCGACGAGUACGGCUGCACGCCCCCGUCCGUGACAAACCCCCCCCAGGAGGCGGUGAGCGCAGCGCGGGGGGAGACGGUCACCUUCUCCUGCCAGGCGGUCGGCGUGCCCACGCCCAUCAUCACCUGGAGGCUGAACUGGGGACACAUCCCCGCCAGUGGCAGGGUCUCCAUGAGCAGUAAGAACGGGCAUGGCGUCCUGAUCAUCAGGGACGUGAAGGAGGCGGACCAGGGGGCGUACACGUGCGAGGCCAUCAACGCCAAGGGCCUGGUGUUCGGCAUCCCAGACGGAGUCCUCACCCUCACCAACAAAGGGGACUGUCCGGACGGCCACUUCGGCACGCAGGGCCGCUGUGUGUCCUGCUUCUGCGCCGGCAUCACCAAGACCUGCCAGGCCACCGGCCGCUACCGCAACCGCAUCACCCUGCGCUUCAACCAGGAGGACAACCACCAAGGAGUGAAUGUCACUUACCAGUCAAGGCCAGGCACCCCUCCCCUGUCCUCCACUCAGCUGCUCAUUAACCCGGAGCUGGAGGAGUUUCAGCUGGUCGACCUAUCACGCCGCUUCCUCAUCCUCGACUCCUAUUGGACGCUGCCUCGCCAGUUUCUGGGCAACAAGGUUGACUCGUACGGAGGCUCUCUGAAGUACAAGAUCCGCUACACGCUGGCCCGCGGCCUGACGGAGCCCGAGGAGAAGCCCGACGUCCUCCUGGUGGGGAACGGGCGGAGGCUGGUGUACCGCCGGGGCAACCCCACCCCCGCCCGCGUGGUCCACCAGAAGGAGAUCCAUUUCACUGAAGACCACUGGCAGCAGUCCAACGGCAGGUCGGUGAGCCGGGAGGAGCUGCUCAUGACCCUGGCCAACCUGGACACCAUCAACAUCCGCACCGUCUACGACAACCACAUGGUGAGCGUUGCUCUCAGCGACAUCAUCAUGGACACCACCAGCGUGGCGUUCACCACGCACGGGCACGCCAAGGACGUCGAGGAGUGCAGAUGCCCUGCAGGCUACACGGGCCUCUCCUGUGAGAUCUGCUCCGCCGGCUUCGAGCGCAUCCCCGGCGGCUCCUGGCUGGGCACCUGCGAUGGCUGCAACUGCAACGGACAUGCCAGCGGCUGUGAUGCGAUCAGCGGGAACUGUCUGAGCUGCCAGCACCACACAGAAGGUCCUCAGUGCGAUAAGUGUCGACCGGGCUACUUUGGAGACCCCAGCCGAGGUCGCCAUGACGACUGCAAGCCCUGCCCCUGCCCAUACACUGAGACAUCCCGCCGAUUCUCUGACACCUGCUUCCUGGAGACCGACCAGCAGGCGACCUGCGAUGCCUGCCAGCCCGGCUACACAGGGAGGCGCUGUGAGAAGUGCGCUCCUGGUUACCAAGGUAACCCUCUGCAGCCCAAUGGACGGUGCAUUCCUAAUCAGAGCAGCAGAUGUGAUAGCAGAGGAUCAUUCAGCUCCAACAGCAGGCCGUGCUCUUGCAAGAACAACGUGGCCGGAGCCCAGUGCGACCAGUGCAAGCCCGGGUCCUUCCACCUGACGGAGGGCAACGCCGAGGGGUGCAUGCAGUGCUUCUGUAUGGGCGUCACCAAGGAGUGUGCCAGCUCCUCCUGGAGCAGGGACCAGGUCCAGGGGGGCGCCAAUGGGGAGCGCUUCUCCCUGACCAACCUGGCCCAGACGCAGGGCACCUCGGACAGCCUCUCCCAGACCGGCACCCAGGUGGUGUUCAGCUCCUUCGCCUCCCUGCCCAGCGACACCUACUACUGGGUGCUGCCACAGAGCUUCCUGGGGGACAAGGUGACAGCCUACGGUGGGGAGCUGAGCUACACGGUGCGCUAUGAGCCGCGCCAGCGCUCGCUGGUGAUCGACGGCCAGCCGGACGUGGUCAUCCAGGGCAACGGCAUCUCCCUGGAGCACCACUCCCAGUCCCGGGUCAGCCCGCGCACCCCCGUCACCGUGACGGUGACCUUCAGGGAGGCCGCUUGGCGCCGCACCGACGGCCAGCCCUGCACCCGGGAGCACCUUCUGAUGGCCCUGGCUGACAUCACCGUCUUCAUGAUCCGAGCCACCUACGCCGACAGCAUGGCCGAGAGCAGCAUCUCAGAGAUCAAGAUGGACAUCGCUGUCCCACAUUCUACGGGUCACGAGCGGGCCCUGGAGGUGGAAGAGUGUGCCUGUCCUCAGGGCUACAGAGGGCCCUCUUGCCAGGAGUGCGAUACAGGCUACACCCGCACAGGCUCCGGCCUGUACCUGGGAACCUGCGAGAGGUGUACCUGCAACGGACACGCCAGCAGGUGUGACCUGGACACCGGUGCAUGUCUGCAAUGCCUCCAUAACACCGCUGGGCCAAGGUGCGAGCUCUGUCUUCCUGGUUUCUAUGGAGACCCUGCGACCGGCGGAGCUGAGGCCUGCAAGACCUGCCCCUGUCAAGGAUCCUCCUCCAGAUCCUGUAAUCUGGAUUCGGACGGUGGUCCCACAUGUGAAAGCUGUCCUACCGGCUACGCCGGCCGUCGCUGUGAGAGAUGUGCUCCUGGUUACACUGGCAACCCGCAGCUUGGACAGGCGUGCAAGGUCAAUGGUGACUGCUCUAACUGUGACCAAAGAGGUACUGUUGGCUGCAAUGGAGGAGCUUGUAACUGUAAGAUUAACAUCGAGGGCUCAUCUUGCGCCAACUGCAAGUCUGGAACCUUCCACCUCAGCCCGGACAACAAAGAUGGCUGCCUGUCUUGCUUCUGUAUGGGCGUGACUCAGCUGUGUUCCAGCUCCACCUACUACAGAGACCUGGUCUCCUCCGUCUUCACUCCAGGGAACUUCCAGGACUACGCCCUGGUGAACCGCCAGCGAACCAACCGCAUCACCUCUGGCUUCUCCGUGGAGGUGUCCACCGACGGCACCCAGCUCUCCUACAGCAACUUUGACUACCUGAACCAGGAGCCCCACUACUGGCAGCUGCCCGGAGCCUACCAGGGGGACAAGAAGCGCUCACUCUUGGCACGCACUAAACGCGCCGCGCAGGGCUCCAGCAGAUGGCUGGAUGACGAUGUGUGGGCGCUCCUCGCUAACCACUCCAACGGACAAGGCCCGCCUCUCUUCCCCCCACCUCUCUCCGCUUCCUCCUCCUCCCGGUUCUCUGCCUCUUCUUCCUCCUCCUCCGCCUCUCAGAUCCCAAGUUACUCCUCCUCCUCCUCCUCCUCCUCCAAAAAGAGAUGGUCGUUGCACAACCUGAUCCCCCCCUCCUCCCCCCCGUCUGAGCCCUCCUCCUCCUCCUCCUCCUCCUCCUCCUCCUCCUCCUCCUCGGGGAACCCCUCCCUGGCCCCGCCCCGACCAGGCCCCCCCUCCUCGGGACCCCCGGCCCACCUGCAGCAGAGUCCCCCGAAGCACGCGUUGAGGGACGCCUCCGCCGGUGGGCCCGGAGCGGACGGCAAGUACGCUCUGGUCUUCAAAGGGUUCAGCUCCCGCCAGGAAGAGCCGCUCUACUGGCUGCUCCCGGCCCACUUCACAGGGGACAAGGUGGUCUCCUACGGUGCCAAGCUGAGGUACACCAUCUCCUACGUGGCCAGCUCCAGGGGAACACACCUGGACGACGCAGACGUUCAGAUCAUCGGCAACGACAUCACCCUGGUGGCCCGCCAGUCCUGGCAGAGGAGGCAGCAGGGAGCCCGCGAGUCCAAACGCUUUGAGAUUGUCUUCAGAGAGGAGAACUGGCAGCGUCCGGACGGCAUGCCGGCCACCCGGGAGCACCUGAUGAUGGUGCUGGCCGACCUGGACGACAUCCUGAUCCGCGCGUCCCACUCCAGCGAGAUGCGCUCCUCCAGCAUCUCUGAGGUCAGCAUGGAGGUGGCUGUGCCCAACUACAGCGGCCUGGCCCAGGCGUUGGAGGUGGAGCAGUGCCGCUGCCCGUCCGGAUACCAGGGACUCUCCUGCCAGGACUGUGCUGUCGGAUACAGCCGUACGGGGGGAGGUCUGUACCUGGGCCACUGUGAGCUUUGUGAAUGCAAUGGCCACUCCGACUCCUGCCACCCAGAGACUGGCAUCUGCACGAGCUGCCUGCACAACACCCAGGGCGAGCUCUGUGAGCAGUGUGCCACCGGUUUCUACGGCGACCCCACCGUCGGGACCCCCGAGGACUGCCAGCCCUGCGCCUGCCCCAACACGGACCCCGACAACCAGUUCUCCCCCACCUGUGAGAGUCUUGGUAACGGAGGCUACCAGUGCACUGCCUGUCAGCCUGGUUAUACAGGCCAGUACUGUGAACGCUGUGCUCCGGGCUACGUUGGCAACCCACAAGAGAGAGCCAAAUGUCGUCCUUUCGAUGACGCAGCCUCCCUGGUGGUGAAGGUGUACCCAGAGCGGGUGCUCACCUCCCAGGGCGGCUCAGUGACCCUGAGGUGCCAGGUGAGCGGAGCCCCACCACACUACAUAUUCUGGUCCAGGGAGGACGGACGGCCCAUCUCCACCAACGCCGAAAGAAGCAGAAGCGGAGAGGAGCUACACUUCAGCAGCGCGCAGCUCAACGAUGCUGGCGUCUACAUCUGCACCUGCAGAGACCUGCGCAGCACCAACAGGAGUCGGGCCGAGAUCGUGGUCACAGCGGUGUCGUCCAAGCUCAUCGAGGUGACCGUGGAGGAGCCCCAGACCCAGAACAUCAGACCAGGAGCCACCGUCAGCUUCAUCUGCACCGCCAAGAGCAAGUCUCCGGCCUACACGCUGGUGUGGACGCGGCAGGGCAACGGCAAGCUGUCCAACCGGGCCAUGGACUUCAACGGCAUCCUGACCAUCCAGAACGUGCGGCCUGAGGACGCCGGCGUCUACAUCUGCACGGGCUCCAACAUGUACGCCAUGGACGAGGGCAACGCCGCCCUCUUCGUGCUAGAGCCCUCACAGACACAGAUGUUUUACACAGCCUAUGAAAUGUUUGAAGGACAUAGACAGCCCGGGGACGGGUCGCAGCCCGUGGCCACGGUCACUCCCGCAGUGCUGAGCGUCCAGUCGGGACAGCGGGCCGAGUUCCGCUGUGCCGCCAAAGGGAGUCCCACACCGGCCGUCGAGUGGAUCCAAAUCCGACCUCGAUCCCAAGCCAAGGUGCACGGGGGGCUCCUAUCCUUUUCGUCCGUGCAGAAGUCCGACGAGGGGGAGUACAUCUGCAAGGCCCUGAACACCCACGGCGAGCACACAGUGCGCGUCACCCUCUAUGUGCAAAAGUCCAACACGGGGGGACAUAUUAUUGGAGGCGGUCAUGGCAACACAGGUGGUCAUGGCAACAACGGCGGUCAUGGCAACACAGGUGGUCAUGGCAACACAGGUGGUCAUGGCAACAACGGCGGUCAUGACAACACCGGGGGCCAUGGCAACAAUGGAGGUCAUGACAACUCGGGCGGUCAUGGCAACACGGGCGGCCAUUCCCACACUGGCGGUCACGGCCAAACAGACUCUCAGGUCAACACAGGUCUAGUCAGCCAGCCCCAGGUCCAAGUGAGCCCCCCCAGCGCCGAGAUCCACGAGGGCGAGACCCUGAGGCUGUACUGCCGGGCCUCCGGAUCACCCGCGCCCAAGCUCACCUGGCUGAGGAACGGGGGUCAGGUCCCGCCCCAGGCCAUUCCCUCUCACGGUUUCCAUCAGUUUAAAAGCAACAGUCUCGAUCUGUUACAGAGACGUAUUGAAGAGCUGCAGAACCGCAUGGAUCGCACUGACAUCGGCACGCUGCUCAUUCCCAACGCCAAGGCGUCCGACUCUGGGAACUAUAUGUGCGUCGGAAGCAACAGCGCUGGCUCGAGCAGGGCCUCCAUCCAGGUCACUGUGCUCAAGGCGGACCAUGUGACCGCGCCGGUCAGCAUCCAGCCCUCCAUAGCUGACGUGCAGGAAGGCCAGAGCCUGGUGCUCAACUGCUUGACUACUGGGAGCCCCCUACCCAGAGUCACAUGGACCCGGGCCAGAGGCCGCCUGUCCGCCAACCACCAGGUUCUUGGCAAUCAGCUGCGCAUCGUGUCGGCCACUCCUGACGACUCCGGGGACUACAUCUGUCGGGUGAUCAGUAACCAGGGCAACCAAGAGACCCCCGUCCACCAGGCAGCGGUCUCCGUGUCUGUCACCUCGUCUUCCUCCCGCCUGCAGACGCCCAUCAUCUCCAUCGAGCCCCACAGCGCCUCGGUGCGUCUGGGCCAGGCGGCCAGCUUCAAGUGCCGGGUGUACAGCGGAGCCACGCCCGUCCGCCUCGAGUGGAAGAUGUCCAACAACAGAGCCCUGCCAGCUAACGUCAAGGUCUCCCGGGACGGUUCUGUGAUCACCAUUUCCAACGCCCAGCCCAGCAACCGCGGGGCAUACCACUGCGUGGCCAGCAACCUGUUUGGUAUCACCCAGAGCAUUGUCUCCUUCAAUGUCAGAGAGGCCCCCGUGGGGUUGGUGACCCCUAGCGGGCCGGUGAGGGUCCGGGUCGGGGACCCCAUCGUCCUGGAGUGCCAGUCGUCCGGAGAGCCCCGCCCGUCCGUCUCCUGGCACAAGCUGGACAGCAGCCGCAAGACCAUGCUGAACAGCCCCGCGCCCAUGGACUCCAACGUCGUGCUGGAGGUUCUGUCCGCCCGGCCGGAGGACGGCGGCACCUACGUGUGCACGGUGCGCAACAGCGAGGGCAGCUCGGAGACCCGGGUGAACGUGGUGGUGGAGGGCGGGGCCCGGCUGCCCAGCGCGCCCAGGGCCUCCGUCCUGGAGCCCCUCAUGAUCGUUGAGGAGGGCAAGACCGUCACGCUGCACUGCAAAGCACAUGGCUUCCCUACCCCCAGGAUCAGCUGGUCUAAGCUGCGCUCCCCUCUCCCCUGGAGGCACAGCGUGGUGAACGGCAGCCUGGUGCUGCCCAGCGUGGGCCGUCAGGACUCUGGAGAAUACAUCUGCAACGCCACCAACAACCUGGGCACCAGCGAGGUCAUCAUCACGCUGGACGUGGAGACCGUGCCCUACGCCACCGCCAUGCCCGACGACGUGGCCGUGCGCGUGGGGGAGGUGAUCCGGCUGCAGUGCGUGGCCCACGGGACCCCCCCCCUGCAGUACACCUGGAGCAAGGAGGAGGGCAGCCUGCCCGCCCGGGCCAUGGUCAGCGAGGGCGACCUGCAGAUCGACCUGGCCACCCCGGAUGACGCCGGCAACUACAAGUGCGCCGUGACGAACCGGAUGGGCCGCAGCGAGACCCUGGCCAAGGUCACCGUGAGAUCCCCCCUGGGGGUCCGCAUCUACCCCCAGGUGGACGUGAAGGCCCUGGGCGGGACGGUGGAGUUCACCUGCUCUGCAGCAGGGGGCGCUGAGACCAUCAUGGAGUGGCUGAAAGAAGGAGACGUUCUGCCUCCAAACCACCAUGUCAAGGACGGUGUGCUGAGGAUUGAGAAUCUCAAGCAAAGCGAUGAAGGCGUUUACAUCUGCAGAGCUAGCAGUCCAUACGGCCAGGCCCAGGACUCUGCUACGCUCACCAUCCAAGCGCUGCCCAAGGUGAUGAUCAACGUGCGCACCUCCAUCCAGACGGUGAUGGUGGGCAACGCGGUGGAGUUUGAGUGCCAGGCCAUCGGCGACCCCCAGCCCACGGUGCGCUGGAGCAAGGUGGGCGGCACGCUGCCCGCCCACAUCGUGGUGAAGGAGGGCAUGCUGCAGAUCAGCCAGGUGACGGAGGCGGACGCCGGGGAGUACCGCUGCACCGCCACCAACGACGUGGGCUCGGUGCAGUCCCAGGUGGUGCUCAAAGUCCAGUCCCUGCCUCAGAUCGCGGCGCUGCCUGAGACCAAGGAGGUGACGCUGGGCUCGGACGCCGUUCUGCCCUGUGAGGCCUCAGGGUAUCCUGAGCCCAAGAUAAGAUGGUCCAAGCUGGGUGAAGAGCUCCCACCCAAGUGUUUCCAGGUGCUGAACGUACUGACGGUGCCGCGCGUCACCCAGGAGGAUUCUGGGACGUACGUGUGCACCGCCGCCAACAAGCAGGGCAAGGUGGAGGCCUUCACCAGUCUGCAGGUCCACGAGAGAGUGAUGCCCUACUUCACUCAGGAGCCCCUGUCCUACCUCUCACUGCCCACCAUCAGGAACGCCUACAAGGCCUUCAGCAUCAACAUCACCUUCAGACCCGACAACGUUGACGGUGUCAUAUUGUACGCCGGGAUGAUCGUCUACAACGGCCAGAGGAAGAGCACAGGAGCAGACUUCAUGUCCCUGGGUCUCGUGGGCGGACGCCUGGAGUUCAGGUUCGAUGUGGGCUCCGGCAUGGCCACCAUCCGCGACCCCAACCCCAUCAAACUGGGAGAGUUCCACACAGUGGAGCUGCACCGCAACCUCACCCUGGGCUCCCUCCGCGUGGACGGGGGGGAGGCCAUCAACGGCAGCUCCCAGGGCAAGUUCCAGGGGCUGGAUCUGAACGAGGAGCUCCAUGUGGGGGGCUACCCCAACUACACCCUCAUCGCUAAGACAGCGGGCAUCAAGACCGGCUUUGUGGGCUGUAUCCGUCAGCUGAUCAUCCAGGACGAGGAAGUGAUCUUCAAAGAUCUCGACCGCAGCUCCACCGGCGUCACCAACUGUCCCACAUGCAAGGACCAGCCCUGCCAGAAUGGGGGCAAUUGCGUAGUUUCAGAGGCCAGCUUGUACAAAUGCGGCUGUCUGGAAGGAUUUACCGGCAGCAACUGCCAGCAUCACUCUGCACUGCAUUGCCACAUCGACGCGUGCGGUCCUGAUGCCACCUGCAUCAACCGUCCCAACGGCCUCGGCUACGACUGCCGCUGCCAUCUGGGCAAGUCAGGAAACAAGUGCAUGGGAGGUGAGUUGGUGACCACGCCCAUGUUUGAUGGCGACGCGUCCUACAUCGCCUACCCCCCGCUCACCAACGUCCACGACGACCUGCGGGUGGAGCUGGAGUUCAAGCCGCAGGAAGGCGACGGCCUCAUGUUCUUCUGCGGAGGGAAGAAGAUGAAGGUGGAGGACUUUGUGGCCGUCUCCAUGGUGGACGGACACGUGGAGUUCAGAUACGAGCUGGGCACAGGCCAGGCCAUCCUGCGCAGCCCGGAGCCGGUCUCCCUGGGCCAGUGGCACCGAGUGGUGGCCGAGCGGAACAUGAGGGAGGGCCAGCUGAGGGUGGACCAGGGGCCCAUGGAGAAGAAGACGUCCCCGGGCAAGGCCCAGGGCCUGAACAUCCACACGCCCAUGUACCUGGGAGGGGUGCGGGACGUGGGCAUGCUGCCCAAGCCAGCCAACAUCAGCGUACUUUUCACGGGGUGCAUCGGAGAGGUCUCCAUCAACAACAAGAAGGUGGACCUGUCCUACAGCUUCACGGAGAGCCGCGGAGUCCGCAAGUGUGCCGAGGACAGCCCCUGUGACCGCCGGCCCUGCCUGCACGGGGGCCACUGCAUGUCCAACGCCGAGUACGAGUACCAGUGCCUCUGCAAAGACGGCUUUGAAGGAGAGCACUGCGAGGUAGUGAGGGAGGUGUGCCAGAGAGACCACCAGUGCCACAGCGGCGGGAGCUGCGUGGAGGGCCAGUGUGUGUGCACGGCGGGACACUCGGGCCUGUACUGUGAGGAAGGCACGCUUUCCAGCCACACUGAGGCCCCGUGGAAUUUGGAGGGUAACGGGGUGAAUGACUCGCCCUAUCAGUAUGCAGCACAUUUCAACAACGAUGGCUACAUUCCCCUUCCCAAACUCAUCUUCCCCCGAAGCGCCCAGGACACGCCCGAGACCAUUGAGCUGGAGGUCCUCACAACCUCCUCGGAGGGCCUGGUGCUCUGGCAGGGGGUGGAAAUGGGCGAUAGGGGAAAGGGCAAGGACUUUAUCAGCCUGGGGCUGCAGAACGGACACCUUGUUUUCAGUUACCAGCUGGGCAGUGGAGAGGCGGAGAUUAAAUCGUGGGAGCCAAUCAAUGACGGCCAAUGGCACAAGGUCACCGCGGUCAGAACUGGAAAAGAGGGCUACAUCCAGAUAGACGGGGGAGACAUGAGACACGGACAGUCCAAGGGCAAAAGCCUCAUGGUCAACACCAAAGGCAGAAUAUACCUGGGGGGCGCUCCGGACAUGGUGGGGAUGACGGGCGGGAAGUUCUCCGGCGGUAUGCGGGGCUGCGUGCGCAGCGUGUCGCUGAUGAGCGCGUGGCCUGGGGCUCAGCCGGCGCAUGCCAUCGACCUGCAGGCGCACGCCAAGCACGGCGUCAACGUGCAACCCUGCUCCUCAUAGACAGCAGUACACACACACAGACACACACACACACACACACACACACACACACAUACACACACACACACAACCAGAGACUAUAGAGUGAUGGAGUCACACUCCUCCCCACACUCCCGGACACACACACAACCGCAAACGCAGAGAAAGAACGAAGAUGGAUAAAGAGAGAGGAGGAGAGAUAGAGGAAGAGAGAGGGAGCGACUCAUAUAGAACCUGUUACACACUCGGUGCUGCGCUGCUACCAAAAACACACACACACACACAUAAACACACUCACACAAAGAAAAGCAAGGAUUCUUCUCUCUGUCUGCGUUAAAACCAAAAAACUAAAAAAAGAGAUAACAUUUCAAUCGUAUUAACAAGUCUUCCCUUCCUCUGUGUUGUAUUCUCGAUGAAGGACUAUUAACACAGGAGAACCAGAACAGUUGACAUAUUCCCGGUAGUAGCUUAAGACCAGCAGAGUCAAGAGUCAAAGUGCAUUAGAUCCUCAACGAAGGCUCAGAUCCUAUGGAGGUGGAGAUGUUUUUACAGCACUGAAUUUUUUUAUUUAUAUACAUAUGAAUAUGUAUUAUAUAUUUGUGUGGGGGGCGGGGGGAAACGUGCAAACUAACCACAACCGCUUUUCUUAUUUCCUGGAGUGUCCAGGUCUCUUUUUCUUCGGUUUUCUUUAUAGGUCUUAGUGUGAUUAAGAUCGAAAGAAAUGUUCAGAUCUUUAGGCCUAACCGUCUUGACGUUUCUCUGUGCUACCGUAGUUUGGGAGGUGAGCACAUUUAACUGUCUUCUAGAGACUGUUGGGAGAGGGGGCCGUGGUCACAGCCACAGGCUUUCAUUAGACGCAACUCAGGUUAACAGGUGGAAUACAACAUGCAGGACUGCAUGGAGCAAGGGGAUUCAGGAACGGAACAGUGCGUUUUUGAUGUAUUUCCGAAUCACCAGACACUCACUUUUACUGGUAUCUUAUGUUGGGUCUUGCUCUUCCCAUCGACAGAAAUGGGGAAACUUUGGUGCUAUACCCCCUCACAGCCACAGUUGUCUUUUGGUGUAAAGUUUCAGUUGUGUCACAGUGGCUUAGCGUUGGGAGUUUGCAAACGGUAACAAUGAGAUAUUACUUAUUCAUGUCGGUCCCUGAUGGAGUAGAAAACCAAUUUUUUAUCUAUACAUUCUAGAAUGUGUGAUUGUUUGUCUCUGUGAGUUUAUCUAUGAAUGGCAUAUUUGCGUGUGUGUUUGUGUGUCAGAGUGCGUGUGCGUGUUUGUGUUUGCAUGUGUAAUUUUUCUUAUAUCGAAACAGAAAGUCUAUGGCAAAAAUGCCUCAACUUGUUGCCAAACGUUAACCUUAAUGUUUCUAGCUGCUACAGGACCAGUGCUAGAUCCACCUUGUAGCCAUUCAACAAUGUCUUCAACAACAGUUGAGGCCGUGUGUGUGUGUGUGUGUGUGUGUGUGUGUGUGUGUGUGUGUGUGUGUGUGUGUGUGUGUGUGUGUGUGUGUGUGUGUGUGUGUGUGUGUGUGUGUGUGUGUGCAUAGGUGCGUACGUGUGUUUGGCCUCCCUCUCCCCAUAGAACGCCAUGCUCACUCGCCCCCUUCUUGAUCAUAUGAAUAGAUAUUCAUCACCGCAUGUUCACCGCAGGCUUCACAGACCAUGUCACCUUUUUUUGUACGCUUAAAAUGUUUCAUAUUCAAAAGAAAUAGCACUAUAAUUUUACUCACAGUUGCUUCAUAAUUUAUUGUUUCUUUCAUAUAUAUAUUUUUUUUCCUAUUUUCAAUUUUUUUUUGCUUUGCUUGAUACCACUUUUUGAAGCAAUACCUUUACUGCUGUUCUUUUUGGUUAUCGUUUUUUGCCUCCCACAUCCCCCAACCCCAUUUUUAUUUUCAUGUUUCCCGGAAAAACUUUUGUUAAAACCUUUCUCCGCCUGUAGUCCCUGUACUCUCUCAGCCAUUAUACAUGACCUCUGUUGAGCCCACACCUGUAGUCCCUGUACUCUCUCAGCCAUUAUACAUGACCUCUGUUGAGCCCACACUUCGCUCCAGGAUUCCAUUAUCCUGAACAACAGCUGGCCUCAAUUCAGAAUCAGUCUGAGCAUUAUGUUGCAUACAAGGAAGCAGCCAUAUUAUUUGGGGGGGGGGAAAUGUGCUGUAGGUGAAGUUAAAGAGGGCAAGAGGUUUCCCCCAAAGAACGACUACUUUGGGGGUGUUGGGUGUAUGAAUUCACAACUGGAGGUCCAUAUGAACUGUAAAUUGGCUUGCCCCACCAUAUCCAUUAACUACGUCAAGGCAAUGAUUUGAAAGAACAAAUAUUCAUGAACUGUUUCUGAUUGGAACAUUUUCCAUAAUGUGGUCAUUAUUUCUUUCAUUUUUAAUUUUUUCUCUAGUUCAUGUUUAACUCCAGAUGACAGGCCAAAAUGUGGAAGUAAUGUAUCAUGGAGAUCAGUGAUGGGAAUUGUACAAGUUGAAAUAGUGUCUUACCAACAAUUUCUUUACAAGUGUUUAAACUACCCCCUUUUUUUUUUUUUUUUUGGUGUUUCUUAAUUAAAAACAAAAUUCAUGUGCUAAUUAUUAUCUCCUGUCUUUUUUCCUUUCACCGUUUCAGGAUUCUGUUUUCAUUUCCUCACGUUUGAAAGUGAUCCUUUGUGGUGUUGGAAUGAGUCCUGCAUUGUAGCCCCAGCCUACCCCAGGCAGUCCUGGGGGAAAGCAGUACUCAUUGUUAUUGACUCAGACAAUCUCUUUUGUGUCCCAAGUUCUACUCUUGCAUCCCAAGAAUCUCAGGUUUCACUUAAUUGUGCAUAUCUCGAGUAACGCAAAGGUAACCCACUACAGCACUAUAUUUUAUUAAUCGUACACACUCCCUCCAUUGUGCCAAACUUGACAUUUGGAUGAUCAAUUGCUUUGUGCAAUUCCAGAACUACUUUCUUAUUUCUCAAAUCCUGCCUUUGUUUAUUCAAUUCACC